ACUGGUGUGACUGCACUCGUACUCGUUCCAACUCGUUUGUAAACAGUCUGUAAACGGUUGGCCGGUCGUGAGAAAUACGCGAGAUAAUACAGGUUAUGAUCAUGAACACGAAGUCGAACGAGAGAGAUGAAUCGAACAUGAAAGUCGAAAUUCAAAAAGCACUGAUCUCAAUUUAUAAUUUAACAUCGAACAUAAAGAGCGAAUUGGAAAUGAUAAACGAUUACACGAGGAGAGAUGGACAACUGCGAACGGCCGUGCUCCAAGCGAACGAAACAUUAAGUACGGUUGCUCGAGACGCGAACAUAGACGUCAAGAGCGUGUUGUGCGACGACGACAACGACGACGACGACGAGACGCAAUCCGAUUCGAGAAACAGCCUGUCUUCCGCCAUGUUUCAACAGAACAUACUGGCGUUGUUGAACGAUAUGUGAAUAUGUGAUUUAUUUCUCAUCGAAGAACAAAAACAAUGUGCUUUUGUGCUAGUAAACCGUAUACCAUAUAGAAAAAAUAAACAAUAAAUUGUACCAGUUUCUCCACUUGGUACACUCGAUCAA